AUGGAUGAUAGACGAGAAGAUGACAUCUACCCAUCGGGAUCAAGGGAAUCGCUGCUCCUUCUGGUUCAGCCCGAACUUGAACAUCUUGUCGGAUAUUGGCUGGCAGCUCUUAGGGACGCUGCUUUGCUCUCGCUACCUGCCAAUUUCAAUGAUCAAAUGCCGAACGAGGGCGGCGCUUUCUACCAGAAGGAUAGCGCGGAUGCUUGUCGAGAAUACUAUCGACAAUGUUGGCCGCCCGUCCUAUUGGCUGCAGCGACUUGGCUGACCAACGCUUCUUUCGUGCUACCGACAGUCUGCGAGCAAUGUGUCAAAGCCCUACACGCUCUCUUCUUGUGCGAUUGGGUCCAAAUGCAGGCGAUGAGCGAUGUACGAGUACCGAUCGAAAUCAUAAACGUUUUGCACAGGCUGAUCCUGACCCGUGAUUGCCCGUUGACCCAACAAUGCUGCGUUGAUUGUGCUGUGCGGUUCGCCUACUCUCGCAGAUUCCUCAUCUGCUACACCCGUCUGCGCUGCCUACAACACUACCCGUCCUUCUCCAUAUUGAACAUCCUCAGGUCGUUAUCCGGACGCUUCAAGCCCUUGCGUCGCUGUUUGCCCGCCGAGAUGCUCCAGGGAUCUAUGCUCGACAAAUCGGCCCUCAAGUCUAUGGAUUGCUACAACCAUUUGUACGAAGGUAUCAAGGCGUUGGAGUGUAUAGUGGGCGCAGCUGGCGCUAAAUCAAAAUUGGCGAUCCUGAACAUUCUAGUGCAAUCCCUGUGCGCUCUGAUCUUAUGUACCAAUCAGGAUGAAUGGCGAGCGCUAAAUCCGACAGCAAGGAAGCUUCACGAAAUAGUUCUCCAACGCUUGAAUAUUAUUGCCCCAGCCCACCCUGUGCAUUUCAAAACGGUUCUUUCUGCACAUGCCCAGUUGAAGCAAAAGCUCGAAGCGGCGCUGCUCUUCCAGGCUUCUCGGGUCAGCCAGGCAAGCCAAUUGCAGAAACAACGUCUGGCCGAGAUGAAUAAGACGUCUACCGCAAGCGUCAUCGAACCAUCCAUCAAGUUGACGAUGGAUUUCAACAACACUUUCAACCGGGCCGCCGCUGCAGAA